AUGCCACCAUCCAUUCUCCUCUUAAACGGCCCAAAUCUUAACCUCCUCGGCACCCGCGAACCCAGAAUCUACGGCUCCACCACCCUCUCUAGCCUCCUCACGACCCUCAUCCAAAAAUGCAAAUCCCUCGCCCUCCCCCUCACGCUCCUCGACUUCCAAUCAAACCACGAAGGCGCCCUCAUCGAUCGCAUACACGCUGCACGCGGUAACGUAGACUUCAUCGUCAUCAACCCAGGUGCCUUUACACACACGAGCGUAGCGCUACGAGAUGCGCUGGCGGGUGUGGAGAUACCGUUUGUGGAGGUGCAUAUUAGUAAUGUGCAUAAGAGGGAAGAAUUUAGGCAUAGGAGCUUUUUGAGCGAUAGGGCGGAGGCGGUGAUAUGUGGCUUGGGGGUGUAUGGGUAUGAGGCAGCGAUUGAGUUUGCGGGGAGGUGGUUGAAAGAGAGGGGGGAGGUGAAGGCAAAGGCGAAGCUGUAG